GGAAGCCGUCUUCUCACUGCAGCGGCGGCGGCGGAGGGGUGCUUUUCGGAUACUGAAGAGGGUGUUUUUACACGUUUCUGUUCUUAAAUAUCAUUCGAAACAUUGGUCAUACGCCACUGACGGAAAAACGGAUAUACCGUUUUUGUCUCAGAAUAGGAAGCUGUGCAGCCUGAGGGUUUUGAAAGGAAGAUGGCUACCCAGUCUGAUCUGAUGGAGCUCGACAUGGCCAUGGAGCCUGACCGCAAGGCCGCAGUCAGCCAUUGGCAGCAGCCCUACCUGGACUCUGGCAUCCACUCCGGGGCCACCACCACAGCGCCCUCCCUGAGCGGCAAGGGCAACCCCGAGGAGGACGACAUGGACAACCAGGUCCUGUACGAGUGGGAGCAGGGCUUCUCCCAGUCCUUCACUCAAGACCAGGUGGCAGACAUGGAUGGACAGUACGCCAUGACCAGGGCCCAGAGGGUGCGGGCGGCCAUGUUCCCCGAGACCCUGGACGAGGGCUUGCAGAUCCCGUCCACACAGUUCGACGGGGCGCACCCCACCAACGUCCAGCGCCUGGCCGAGCCCUCCCAGAUGCUGAAGCACGCCGUGGUCAAUCUGAUCAACUACCAGGACGACGCCGAGCUGGCCACCCGCGCCAUCCCCGAGCUGACCAAACUGCUGAACGACGAGGACCAGGUGGUGGUGAACAAGGCGGCCGUCAUGGUCCACCAGCUGUCCAAGAAGGAGGCGUCGCGGCACGCCAUCAUGCGCUCGCCUCAGAUGGUGUCGGCCAUCGUGCGCACCAUGCAGAACACCAGCGAUGUGGAGACCGCCCGCUGCACCGCCGGCACGCUGCACAACCUCUCGCACCACAGAGAGGGCCUGCUCGCCAUCUUCAAGUCCGGGGGCAUCCCCGCCCUCGUCAAAAUGCUGGGAUCCCCAGUGGACUCAGUGCUGUUCUACGCCAUCACAACCCUUCACAACCUGCUGCUGCACCAGGAAGGAGCCAAGAUGGCCGUGCGACUGGCUGGCGGCCUGCAGAAGAUGGUGGCUUUGCUCAACAAGACCAAUGUCAAGUUCCUCGCCAUUACAACAGACUGCCUUCAGAUCUUGGCUUACGGCAACCAGGAAAGCAAACUGAUUAUCCUGGCUAGCGGAGGUCCCCAGGCUCUGGUCAAUAUCAUGAGAACUUACACAUAUGAGAAACUGCUGUGGACCACCAGCCGGGUGCUCAAAGUGCUGUCUGUCUGCUCCAGCAACAAGCCUGCCAUUGUUGAAGCCGGUGGCAUGCAGGCCCUCGGACUGCAUCUCACAGAUCCCAGCCAGCGUCUGGUCCAGAACUGCCUGUGGACCCUGAGGAAUCUGUCUGAUGCAGCUACUAAGCAGGAGGGGAUGGAAGGCCUGCUGGGGACCCUGGUGCAGCUGCUGGGCUCCGACGACAUCAACGUGGUGACGUGCGCGGCGGGCAUCCUGUCCAACCUCACCUGCAACAACUACAAGAACAAGAUGAUGGUGUGCCAGGUGGGCGGCAUCGAGGCGCUGGUGCGGACCGUGCUGCGGGCCGGCGACCGCGAGGACAUCACCGAGCCCGCCGUCUGCGCCCUGCGCCACCUCACCAGCAGGCACCAGGACGCCGAGAUGGCCCAGAAUGCCGUGCGCCUGCACUACGGCCUGCCCGUGGUGGUCAAGCUCCUGCACCCUCCCUCACACUGGCCUCUCAUCAAGGCCACGGUGGGGUUGAUCCGCAACCUGGCGCUGUGCCCGGCCAACCACGCCCCUCUGCGGGAGCAGGGCGCCAUCCCCAGACUGGUGCAGCUGCUGGUGCGAGCUCACCAGGACACCCAGAGACGCACCUCCAUGGGCGGGACACAGCAGCAGUUCGUGGAGGGAGUCCGCAUGGAGGAGAUCGUGGAGGGCUGCACCGGAGCGCUGCACAUCCUGGCCAGAGACGUGCACAACAGAAUCGUCAUCAGGGGACUGAACACCAUUCCGCUCUUCGUUCAGCUGCUGUACUCCCCCAUUGAGAACAUCCAGAGGGUGGCUGCAGGCGUGCUGUGCGAACUGGCCCAGGACAAGGAGGCCGCGGAGGCCAUCGAGGCAGAGGGAGCCACCGCCCCCCUCACCGAGCUCCUCCACUCCAGGAACGAGGGAGUGGCUACGUACGCCGCCGCUGUGCUGUUCCGCAUGUCUGAGGACAAGCCCCAGGACUACAAGAAACGCCUGUCUGUCGAGCUGACAAGCUCCCUUUUCAGGACCGAGCCCAUGACCUGGAACGAGACUGGAGACCUCGGCCUGGAUAUUGGUGCCCAGGGAGAGCCACUCGGUUACCGCCCCGAUGAUCCUAGCUACCGCUCUUUCCACUCGGGAUACGGCCAGGACACCAUGGGGAUGGACCCUAUGAUGGACCACGAGAUGGCCGGCCAUCACCCAGGAGCAGAGUACCCGGUCGAUGGCCUGCCUGACCUGGGACACGCCCAGGACCUGAUCGACGGGCUGCCCCCGGGCGACAGCAAUCAGCUGGCCUGGUUUGACACCGAUCUGUAAAUAACUACUACUACUUAGCUGUAUCGUCUGAAUGAAUCUGCAUCGUGAUUUGGCCUGUAGAGUUGCUGGAGGUCUUGAGGGGGGUGGGCUAGUAUCUCGGAAAGUGCCUGACACACUAACACAAGCUGAGUUUCCUAUGGGAACACGUGGAAGUAUAACUCUUUUUGUUCUGGUCCUUUUUGGUUGACGAGGAGGUGUACUAUGAAGGAAUUUUUGGAGCGGAUGCGAAAAGGAAGAGUGCUCAAGAGGUGGAUCUAAAGAUGGAGUUACAAAACCUAGCCUUGCCUGUUUCUUUUUUACACUAUUUUUUUAUUAUUCAGUCUCUGUAUGGUACUGAUCUAGCUUGCUUUAACUAGCCCUAGUCCUUUUUUCCCUUUUUUUUGCAGUCAUUUGUAUUCCUUUAAGUCUGUUGUAGUGUUAAGUUAUAGUGGUAAUGCUCCAUCAGUUUCUAAAAUUUUAUCACGUAAUGGUGUAGAACACUAAUACUUAAUCAGUUGAAUUGUAUUCUGAAUAAAGUGUAACAUUGUGUAGCUUUUUAUAUAAAAUCAGAAACGGGGAAAUGCAUUCUUAUUAAUGCUUUAAUAAGCAUAGAAAAAUGUUUUCAGUGUCACAAUCGUUCCAAAGGGGGAGGUGGGGUGCAUUUUGGGUGGGGCGGGCCAGAUAGAAUUAUCAUCUUUUUUUAUGCUAUCGAAGGUAGUUUAAUGAAACCAAGUUGUUGUAGCCUGCUGUGCUUAUUUUGGAAACAUGGUUAUGACAUGGCUAAACAAUAAAAUGGACUUUUAUUUCAGGU